CCACUGUGCCGGGAAGUGCGCAGGCGCGGUUGCUAAGGGGCGGGGCGUCCUGACGAGAAGAUCUGGCGGGAAACGUUGAAUGAAUGGAGUCUGCUCAGGGCAAAGGCUUGGACUUGCAGCAGAAGGCCCAGCUGAAGGAGAAGCUGGCCUUGUUGAAAAGAGAAUAUAGGAGGACCUUCCACCGUUUGCAGCGCGCAGAGAGAGCUGAGAGGGUGAAAACCUACGUCAAGAGGACUGUAGCUGAGCAAAACCUCUUGCUUCGACAAGAAAAGAAUGAGGAGGACUGUUCAGGAUCUGCCAUCGGCGCAGGGGCUUUGGCAGCUUCUGUUGGGACCUCUCCAACGAAACCGGCUUCAGUGUCCUUUAGGCCUGAUCCCGAGGUUUUUGUCCCGGAAGACACCUUGCUGCCUUUGUCUCCGGCCUCCAAAAGUACGAAGCAGGACUAUAGAGAGGUCCUCUUUGGAUCUGAGAAGAAAGAGGCCCCUCUCUCCAGGGGUAGGACCAGGGCACGACGAAGGAUAACCUUGCCUUUGGAAAAGAGAGCAGGACCUGCCCCUGAGGCCCUUUGGGGAGAUGGCGGGAGCCCAAAGGAGCAGAGGUCAGCCUGGGCUGGCCUUGUGGGCUCUCAAUCACCCGUCUUUGAGCGGAAGAGAAUCAGUAGUGUUUGGGAAGAUGUGCCAAAGUGGUCAGCGGCUGCAACGGAUGGAAGCAGCUGUGACUCAACCCCUUUGUUGUUGCGGCCAGAAUGUGCCCAAGAAACCGUCUUUCCUAGUUAUUCCCAACCACUUCCUUCGCCCCCAUCUUGCAUUAGCCAUGUGCCCUCCAAAGACAGAGCUGGAGAGAAGACCUUGCCUCAAGAAGACAGUGUCGUGAAGGAAACUGAGCCAACGGAAGGGGGUCACAAACCAUCAAGAGAAGAAGACCCAACUCUGGGAAGAUUUACAGACUCAAUAGGAAGACAUGACACCCAGGAAGAAGGGAGGUCAGAACAGGAACCACAGGCCUCACACUUCUUCAAAGAGGAGCCUCCCACCAAAACACUGCAGGAGAAGCACAUAGAGGGACCGCUUGACCUCGACUCUUCCCUCCAGGAGGAGGAGGUGCCUCCAACGGCGCUGAGCUUUUGCACAAUGGUUGAGGGUCUCCUCUUCCCGGUGGAGUAUUACGUGAGGACCACCCGUCGCAUGUCCAGCCGCCAGACGGAAGUCAACGUGGAGGCCGUCAUCCAGAGCCAGCUGGGGAGGAGCAGGAAAGGGCAGAAAGUCUCACGGAAGGCGGUUUUGUCCUCCCAAAAGGCAGCAGAAAUCCCUGGCCAACCAAAUACCAAUAAUAGAGUAUUAUCUCCUGCGGUUUCUUCCAAUGGAGGCCUGGCUGAGAGGUGUCUUCAGACCAGGAGGAAGGGGAGGCCGAGGAAGAGGGAUCGCUGGCUGACCCCCUCUGCCCCCUCGCAAGACUCAAAGAGGGUAGGCGCUUCUCCCAUCUCCAGGGAACAUCAAGGAGAGGAACAAGGUGAGGACAAGACCACAGGGUCCCCUGUAAGUGCUGGUGGUCAUUUAGGAGCCUGGCGGAAGGAGCCUCGAGAGGGCAGGGGCCACAAGGCUGAGUUCCAAACGCCCCUUGACUCACCUGCGGCCCCAGAAGCUGAGCCUGGCCCCGGUUUUCAGAAAGACGAAGACCAGGAGAGACCUCCCCUGCCAUGGAAGGAGAGAGAACCCCCUCCAGAAAGAAGUGGAUGCCUUCCCGUAAGCCCCAUCAGACUUAGUUUGGCUUCCAGCGUUCUCCCACUUUGCAACCAGAGCAGCGCGGCUUCCCUUCUCCAGUGGCUGCCUCCUUCCAUCCCAGCGCUGAAAGAUUUCUGUUUACCGGAAGAUGAAUUUGGCCUCCUGAAAUCAGAAAAGAUCAAGGCCUGUGCUGCUGUGACAGCGGCAAAGGGUUUGGCUGCUAAGGCUGAAGGCUCAACGGCAGGAGAGCAUCUCAGUGAUACUUCCAUAUCUGCCACACCAGAGGUUUCCGCCGCCUCCCCACUUGCUUCCCACUUGGCCCCAAGGCGCCUCUCCAGCGACCUGCUCCUCUCCCCGGUCCUGGAGGCGUCCAGUGGCCCACUGCUGUCUUCGCUGCCCAGCCCAGCCUUCCCUUUCCUGGGGGCCACUCCAGCCUCCCCAUCUUUCCCUGCCAGCCAAGCCUUUUGUGCUUCCCCUUCGCAAGGAAGGCCUGGCACCAAGGGAGAGGCCUCAUCCCCCUUCCCAAGAAGUGGCACAAAGGGACAGCGCAGGACCAGUUUGCCGGCUGAGGAGGAGGAGGAGGAGGUGCUGAGCCUCCGGGAAAGGCAAUUACCAGCUGGAGCAUCUCUGGAGGAUCUCAAACAGAACGAAGGACUGGAGCAGGGCCUGGAGGAAGCGGCACCGGAAGAGAUGCCUGGAGAAGGCCGCCUACAGUUGACUUCAAGACUCGAGAGCUGUGCCGGUCCCUCCUCCUCCUUUGUGGACGUGAGUACCGUUUGGUGGGAAGUGGACGGCUUCACAGCUUUGUGUGUCGUGACAGCCAGCGAGGGGUCUGUUUCUCUCUGGAGGCCCCUGGACUCUGGGCACUGGGCCCUCAUCCACACCUGGCACUUCACCAAGGUUUCGGUUAUUCAGAUCGUCCCUCUACCUGGGGUCCGCAGCCUGGUUUGCGUGGCUUUGGGCAUCCUGGAGAUUGCAGAGAUACGGCUCCUGUUUCAUUCUGGGGAGGGCGUCUCCGUUAAGCAGUCCGUGGUCAAAGCAGGAAACAUCAAAGCCGUCCUUGGCCUGAGGAAGAGGAGGCUGGUGACGAGCUGCGGCUCCGUCAGGGAGCAAGAGGUGGAAGUGGCCUCCUUCUCAGAGAUGGGAAGGAGCAUCGAGAAACGGGCUUUGAAGCCUCCUGAAGAGACCCUGCUGGCUUUUGCCGAAGUGGAUGGGAUGGAGGAGGCUCUGGUUGGCAUGACAACCACGAACUCCCUUGUGAUCUGGAACUUGACAUCCGGGCAGCUGCUGACGAAGAUGCCCAUUGGCUGCUCCUUCCCAGCGUCCGUCUGCCACCGGGCCUAUGCCGAUGAGGGCCUCCUCUUUGUUGUGCUAAGCCACCCUCGUGCCAAGGACUGCCAGGCCGAAAAGGUCCCUGCCUUCCGGAUCGUGGCCCUCAACCCCAAGACGGCAAGGAGCGCCACGGUGACAGCUGUGUCUGUCCCGCAGGGCUCCGGAGGAAGGUUCCUGGAAGGCGAGGUGAGGGACGCUUCCGCGGCGGCGGCGGUGCUGACCUCGGGGGCCAUUGCGGUGUGGGACCUGCUCCUGGGGCGCUGCACAGCCCUCUUGGCCCCCAGACCCGAAGGGAGGUGGUCUUUGGUCCGGUGGUCGGCUGCGGACGGCUGCCUCUUGGCCGGGAAGGAUGACGGCAGCCUGUGCCUCUACAGUGAUGCUCUCAACCUGCCUCAUGCCUGAGGAUUCACCUGCUGUGCCCGUUCCUUUGGGUUUGUUGCUCUUCAAGUUUUGGGUGCAUUUCCUUCAGAUAUUAGCAGGGCUCAUUUGAAACAUUUCCUCUGGACCCAAUGGGAACACAUGCCUUGUCCUGGCUUGGCUAAGAAUUACCUUGUUGUUCAAGGUUUGCACCUUUGCGCCGUUGCAUUGUUUGGAAUUUAUCAAUUAAAACGUCAUCUUUCGAAA